GCCUGCUCGGCGCUCUCCCCGUGAAAGGGUCUCAGUAGUUUGCCUUCUUGACACACCUUUUGUUGUCUCGUCUAGCUACAGCCAGCUAACAGCUAAGAGUUGCUAGCGAGCAUCACCUGCUUCGACUACCCGACAGCGGUGAAGCGUAGUGGGGGCAAAGGAGGCAACGUUACUCUGAAGCCGAGGGAGCCGAGAAGUGACGGCCAACACCCUGCCAGGAUGAGUGGUGAUGAAUUGAACCCAGCUGCAGUGGCUCAGCCAGUAGGAGAUAUGCAAGGAGAUGGACGGUGGAUGUCACAGCAUAUAAGAUUUGUGCAGGAGUGUAAGGAUGCUGAACCAGACGUGCUUUUUGUGGGUGACUCUAUGGUACAACUAAUGCAGCAGUUUGAGGUCUGGAGGGAGUUAUUCUCUCCUCUUCAUGCGCUCAACUUUGGCAUCGGAGGGGACACCACCUGUAAUGUGCUGUGGAGGCUGCAGAACGGAGAGCUAGAGAACAUCCGACCCAAGGUGGUGGUGUUGUGGGUAGGAACCAACAAUUAUGAACACACAGCAGAGCAAGUUGCAGGAGGAAUUCUUGCUAUUGCACAGCUACUCACCUCCCAUCUCCCUAAGGCAAAGAUAGUUGUACUGGGUUUGUUGCCUCGAGGGGAGCGUCCCAACCCACUGAGGGAGAAGAAUGCGUCGGUUAACGGGUUCCUACGCUCCUGGCUACCGCGAGUGGGCCAGGCUCAGUUCCUGGAUGUGAGCGGGGAGUUUGUCCACUCCGAUGGAACCAUCAUCCAACAAGACAUGUUUGACUUCCUCCACCUGACUUCGACAGGCUACCGCAGUAUGGCGAAGCCCCUCAGUGACCUGCUGCUUCAGAUACUGGAGGAGACGCCAGAGGAGAGACGGGCAUCACUGGUUUGAGCACCACGGCCGAGCAGCACAUUUUUCCAGAGGCAUGUCUCACCUGCUGUUGUGAGAGACGGGGGAGACAUGUCCCUGGUAUCUGGAGGAGGAAGGGCUCACUCAUAGGGGGAAGAGGCACCCCUGUGUGAGUGGGCCCACGAGGGGUGUGGGAUCACAUUCAUGAGCGGAGGGUUGGGUGCGGAGACGUGCUGAAGGGGGAGAGAGACUUCACUACAGACGUAGACACUGUGAUUGCAGUAGUAACCUCUAUUGCAAAAAGAUUUACCAAGGUCAAACAACUCCGAAUCAUAGACAGAUAUACCGAGAUCAUGUGGAACUGGAGUGGCACACAAAUGCAGAUUAACCUUGGCGUUUGGAUAAAAUGCGUGUAUCCCUCUUGUCACCUGUGCCACGGCGAUAUGAUAAAAAACAGAAAAACACAAUCUGACAAAAUUUUUGUUUGAUGUCUGCAAAACAGUUAGCUUGUGUGCCCUUCUCUGUCAACACAUGAGGGUGCACCACAUACUCACAGUAAGCUAUCCAACAUUGGACAAUGUUAUGAGUCUGUCCAGUAUGCUGCAGAGCAGUGGUACCCAACCUGGGGGUCCGGGCCCCCCAAGGUGUCUCAAAAAAAUAACAAUUUAGUAAUUUAAAGAUUUUCAUCUCUUGAAGCUUCCAAUGCUAAAAGCCCCCCGCCCCCCAAAAUGAAACAAUCUGAGAAGUAAAAAUCACUCUGCGGUGUGACAUUGCUUCUUUUUAAGGCUCCACAAGUCAAAAAAGUUGGGAACCACAGCUACAGAGGGGCUACUACUGACAGGCACUUUGUAAUGUAGUGACCUGUAUUUAAAAAAGACUCACGUUUAGACAAUUUUGCUUUAAGCAUAAUCCUGUGAAGCUAACUACAUAUAAAAUAAUUUACACAAAUUUACUGAAAGAAAGUCCAGUUCUUCAUGUGUACUGUUUCUUAUACUCAGCCAAACAAGGAGCACUUAAGUCUGCUAGAUGUUCACUUUUGAACUCUGUGUGUAACUAUUUAGAUGUCUUUUGAAACUGGUAAUCAAUAUAAAAAUAGAUCAGUGUAUAUCUGGAGAGUUAACUACCUGUCCACAGGCCACACAUGCAGUGCCUCACUACUACACCCGUGUGUCACCUAAAACCAUCACUGAACUAAAUGUUCAACUCAAAGCUGAUGUUGGUGUUCCCUGCAUGCGUGUUUUUAAGACGAGCCGCAGCUUUGGCAUAGAGCGCUUCUGUAUCAAAUGAGUGAAUAUCGGGGCAAAAAUCAUGUAUUUUUAUGUAUUUAUUAGUGAUGUAAGGCUGUUCAAUCUACUGGUCUGAUAAUCUGCAUAGGUCUUCCAAACUCCCCCGACCCUGCUGCUUACGUGCAAAGCUUGUAUCACACACACCAUUUGGCUCCAGGUAUAUCCACUGUGACGUUUCAUUUUAGCAUCUAAAAACUAAAAAGUGGGUUACACAUUUCAUAUGUUUUGGAAUGCUAAACUAAGCCCUGCCACCUUUUUAAAGUCUUGACUUUGUCCUUGGUUAUCUAUUGAAGCACAUAUUAGAAUAGAAAAAAAUAUUUCAGCACAUCAUUUCAGGCCAUGAUUUUACAGUGUCUUUUCGAUUGUGUGUUCUCUGCAGUUUUGCAGUGCAACAGUGUACCGCAAUUUUUUUAUUAUUAUUUUUUUUGUUGUUACAACAAAGGAAAAACUCCACUCCUCCUUCUUUCACCUCACAUGAUAAUCAUAGCAUGACUUACUCCUUGUAAAAAUACAGAGUGACAUGAGACAGGUUCUUUGUGUGUCUGUAUCUCACACUAAUAAAUCUCAACAGUCACAGACUCUUAACUUUGACUAGCACAGGCUCUCUCUCCCUCUCCCUCCUAAAUACAUAUUUACACAGUAUUUUCUGUUAGAAGCACCUUUUUAAUCUGUUUCUCACCUAUAUUUCUCUUCAUGUUGUAUUUGUAAUUGACUCUCAUCCAUCCCUGCCACCCUGGGACCUGACAUCUCUAGGUGGUAUAGUUGCUGAAAAUUUUUAAGAAUUAAAGGUAGCCACGUGGUUAAGCUACUGAACACAGCUAUACUGAAGAUUGUCACACUAAAUGCUGAAAAGCAGUCAACGGUCAUGUAAAGAUCCCAUUCGUCUGUGAGCUUAUACUGUGGCUGUUUCGUCAUGGCUCAGUUCUUUUCAAAUUGUGACUGAGAGUUUCACGUGGAGUAUCAAAUUAUCCAAUGUUACUGCUGUCUUAAGCUCUGCCUGUUUGUGUGCUGUGUUAGUGUAUGUGUGUGUGCCUUAAGUGUUCAUGGGGGUCAGUUGUGUACAGUAUGGCUGGUAAUGGAUUGUGGAAUUUGGAUGAAUGAGUGUCUGGAAGUGACCCCAGUUGUAUAAAAGACAUGUGAAGCUUGAGAAAACGAUGUUUGGAAGGGGUUCAGAUUGUGGGAGUCUGUUCGGUACAGUAUUUGCACUGGAUGUGGCUCAUUGUCACAUUAUUGAGGUAAAGCAUUCCAAUAAAAAAGCAAACAAACAAGGAUCUUAUCGUGUGUUGGGAGACAUCCUUUCUAUUUCUGGUCAUUGCCAAAAGCUGUCACUUGUGAUGAGUGGUCAUAUUUGAAUUGUAAAGAAAAGGAGAGCAUGCACAAAUCUCAGUUGUGGUUAUUAUUAUUACUAUUGAGAUUUGCAGUGCUGUGAGACACGCUCACCAGCAGAGGGAACCAUUUUAUCAGAGAACUAAAAGAAAAAAGAAAAACCCUAAUAAGGCUCACUGCUUGUUCCACGCUUUUUACCCUGAGAGUUUCUUAUUACCUAAUUAAUUUGCUUUCACCAAUUGAACAUCUCUUGUGUUGUAAUAAUUCACCAACAGCACUCCGAGGCAAUGCAAACUCAUGUUAAAAUGUCCUCAAUAAACAUUUAGUUAGGCGUGCUGGAGUUUGAUACAAUUACGAUUGCUGGCCAGUAGUGAAUUACUUCGUUAAUAAACCAUUCACUCAC